ACGCGUCUCAGAAAUCUUCUCACUCCAGACUUUCGUUUUUAUAACUCUGGAGAGGAACAGAAACUCUGAUGACAGAUGGCUGGGAAGCCUGCUAAGCUCGGCGCACUUGGAGAUGAAGUUGAGGAAGACCAGACAGAUGCCAAGCCUGACCGCUCAGGGAGGUUUCGAUUGUUCGCAAGUAAGAAAAAUAAGGAUGGCCAGACGCGGGAGCAGGACCAUAAUUCUGAAAGCCAUUACAGAAUUGUUUCACCUACAUUCCAGUAUAAGAUGAGCCACCAGCGAGUGGGCAAGUGCAUCAUCAUCAACAACAAAAACUUUGAUGAAAAGACAGGGAUGAAUGUACGCAAUGGCACGGAUCGUGAUGCAGGUGAGCUGUUCAAAUGCUUCAAGAACCUGGGCUUCGAAGUCUUUAUCUACAACGAUCAGACGUGUGAGAAGAUGGAGCGUCUCCUUAGAGAAGCCUCAGAAGAAGACCAUAGCGACAGCUCUUGUUUCGCCUGUAUCCUGCUCAGCCAUGGCGAAGAGGGCAUGAUCUAUGGGACAGACGGAGCCAUGCCCAUUAAGACCAUGACCUCACUGUUCAGGGGCGACAUGUGCAAAAGCUUAGUCGGGAAGCCCAAACUCUUCUUCAUUCAGGCUUGUCGGGGAUCCGAGUUUGAUGAUGGCAUUCAAACAGAUUCAGGUCCGCCCAAUGACACCCUGGAGACUGAUGCCAAUCCCAGACAUAAGAUCCCAGUUGAAGCUGACUUCCUCUUCGCAUACUCCACUGUGCCAGGAUACUAUUCAUGGAGGAACCCUGGGCGUGGCUCCUGGUUUGUUCAGGCUCUUUGUAAUGUCCUGAAUGAGUUUGGGAAACAGCUGGAGAUCAUCCAGAUCCUCACACGAGUCAACUACAUGGUGGCCACCAGCUUUGAGUCCUGGUCUGAAGACCCACGCUUCAGUGAGAAAAAGCAGAUCCCCUGUAUGGUCUCCAUGCUGACCAAAGAACUGUAUUUUAACUGAUCUUUGGGCACAACAGACUAUAAAAUAGACAAAACAUGGACUGACUAAGCAGUCAAAGCAUUCAGGGAUGUUUCAGGUUGAGUAGAAUGUUGCACAUUUGGCCAUUUUUGUGUGAAUCUCGGGCCCGAAAAAGCACUUGAUAAAAAAAGAAAAUUUUCUCCAGUGGCACUUCAUGUGGUGACAUUAACAUCUGCUUCAGACGAUCUUCUAAUGUGCCACACACUCUGAUCUUGUUGACAGCAUUGUCAAAUAUCAGUGUUGCUGUCCUAACCCAGAAAUAUCAUUGCCAGAUCUUCUGGGUUUGGAAUAAUAUACAUGAAAAUGUAUCCCUCCAUUUUCCUUGUAUGUCUGCAGUAGACAUUCAACCAGAACUACACAGACAUGUGUAUUUGUACACAAUCCCAUUUUUAACAAAGAAAAAAAUACCACCCCACUAAGAGGUUGUGCAAUGAUUAUUGUAGUAAUAAAAUGUAUUCAUGCACUGUAGAAAGAAAUGUAUUUGGAAAAUGGAUCAAAUCCUUUGCCAUUCUGGAUAACAUUCACUCAUGUAUUCACUGUGUUGGCAUCCUCAGGGUCCAUAUGUGGAUACUUUGUAUGCAUUACUAGUGGAAGUAAUUGGAUAUUUGUGUUAACACAAAUAUGCAUGUGAUAACUUUUGCCAAAAAAUAUUUUUUGUAGAUUUUUACCCUUAAAGAGAACUUGAGAUUGUUCUAAGUGUGUCAUAUCUAUCCAGCAUAGAGCUGAAGAGGCUUUAAAGCACAAGUUGUAUAUUAGUGUUGUACUUUGUGUUAACAUAAAAAGUCUGAACUAGAAACUUUAUCACGCAAUAUCAAGAAAAUGGUGUUCCUUCUCUACUGAUGCCGAUACUUCAUCUACAAAGUCUUCUUCUCUUGUCACUGUCUUGUCUGUCCGACUCAGGCAGCUAUUCUGUGGUGAAGUCAAACCAAAACCAUAAUACACUCUCACUGUUCAAGCUGUUCCUAUAUUCAGUUAUUGCAUGUUUUAUCAACAGCUGUUUAAUGUUUAGUCAUUCACUCUUUUUUAUUUUAAAGUUAUUUUAUAUAUAUAUAUAUUUUACUCAUGCAUUUCUGCAUCCUCUCGACACAUUAACUCUAAGUAAUGUGGCGCACACCCUGUGCUGGGCAAAAAAAAAGGUUUUUAAUCACUUGUUUUGGAAUGGUUUGAAAGAGGGUAAAUUUGACUUGGGGAAGUAGCUUUUGAAUGCUUUUUGGUGUUGGAUGCUUUUGUCCUCAGGAAUAUAUUUUAAUGACUUGAAAAGUGAUGUAUGAAAUACUUAUAAUAAAUUAGCCCAUUUUUUCCUAGGGCAUGUUAACAUUGUUGUAAUGAAAUUGAUUUAUACUGUAAUUAAUCUGUUUGUAUUGUGUCACACACAAAAUGGUUCAUAUGCAAGAAAUAAAACCUAAGACAAAA